GCAACAACACAUUAUUUUAUUAGUAUUUCAAAUUUAUAUCCAUUACCAAAUACAUCUUCCAACACUUUUUAAGCUCCCACAAGAAUUCAAAAAACUUUCCUAUGUCUACAUUACAACCACGUUGCUACUUUGGAACCCCAUCACCCUAAUUCCUCUCUUUCGUCUUCUUCUUCCCUCGUCUCUCUCUCUCCGCAACUCCUCGUUGCAUCACUUUACAUUGAAACAUAAUCUGUAGAUAUUAAACAAAGUCUUUUGCAAGAUUCUGAUUCUCUAGACAAAUAUGCAGUUUCUUCGACUUCUUACACUUCUUGUUUCUUCCUACUUCUUCUUCUUCAUCAACUUCUCCUCCUCACUGAAUCCAGAUGGGUUGUCUCUACUUGCUCUCAAAUCCGCAAUCUUACGAGACCCGACACGUGUAAUGACUUCCUGGUCUGAGUCCGACCCGACUCCAUGUCACUGGCCUGGAAUCAUCUGCACACAUGGCCGAGUCACCUCACUCGUUCUCUCCGGAAGAAGACUCUCAGGUUACAUACCCUCUAAACUCGGUCUACUCGACUCACUCAUAAAACUCGACCUUGCUCGUAACAAUUUCUCAAAACCAGUGCCGACUCGUCUCUUCAACGCCGUUAAUCUCCGUUACAUUGAUCUCUCUCACAACUCAAUCUCCGGCCCAAUUCCGGCCCAAAUCCAAUCCCUCAAGAAUCUCACUCACAUUGAUUUCUCCUCCAAUCUACUCAACGGUUCACUCCCUCAGUCACUCACUCAACUCGGAAGCUUAGUCGGCACACUCAAUCUCUCUUACAACAGUUUCUCCGGCGAAAUUCCGCCGUCGUAUGGCCGUUUUCCAGUCUUUGUCAGCUUAGAUCUCGGCCACAAUAAUCUCACCGGAAAAAUACCUCAGAUUGGCUCUCUCUUAAACCAAGGACCAACAGCGUUCGCCGGAAACUCUGAGCUCUGUGGUUUCCCAUUACAGAAGCUGUGUAAAGAUGAAGGUACGAACCCUAAGCUCGUCGCUCCAAAACCAGAAGGCUCGCAAAUCCUCCCGAAGAAACCAAACCCUAGCUUCAUCGACAAGGACGGAAGAAAGAAUAAACCGAUCACCGGAUCCGUAACGGUUUCUCUCAUCUCCGGAGUCUCAAUCGUAAUCGGAGCAGUUUCUAUCUCCGUAUGGCUGAUUCGAAGAAAAUUAAGCUCCACUGUGAGUACACCGGAAAAAAACAACACGGCGGCGCCAUUGGAUGAUGCGGCGGAUGAGGAGGAGAAGGAAGGUAAAUUCGUGGUGAUGGACGAAGGAUUCGAGCUCGAGCUCGAGGAUUUGCUGAGAGCAUCGGCUUACGUCGUCGGAAAGAGCAGAAGUGGGAUUGUGUACAGAGUAGUGGCCGGAAUGGGAUCAGGUACAGUGGCGGCUACGUUUACGUCAUCCACCGUCGUUGCUGUGAGAAGGCUAAGCGACGGAGAUGCCACGUGGCGGCGGAAGGAUUUCGAAAAUGAAGUGGAGGCUAUAAGUAGAGUCCAACAUCCAAAUAUCGUACGGCUAAGAGCUUAUUACUAUGCUGAGGACGAGAGGCUCUUGAUCACUGAUUACAUACGCAACGGCAGCUUGUACUCUGCCUUACAUGGUAAUUUACUAAUCUUCAUUAAUCAACCACUAAUUAUGAGACUAAUCUCAAUUUUGUUUUAUGAAUCUUGGUGUUGACAAAAAAGAGAGGUUUGUUUUGGAGUUUGUGCUCUUGAACCAGUUGAUUGGUGAAUCUGUAUAGAUAGAGUUUUUUUUUUGUCUAUAUUAGAUUGUAUGAUAAUAGAAAAUUUGUUGGCGUCUUCUUCUUGGUCUUUUCUGUUUCAAAAUCACAUGUUUGGUAACUGUUAUGGUUCCAGAGAAACUUGGAUUUUUCUUCUCGUCGAAAACAACAACGUAAAUUCUGUUUUUGCGACAGUUUUGGAUUAGGAUAGAGCAAUGUAGAAGGUGGUGCAAAGAUUCUAUUUGUCUUAGCUUGAUGAGAGAAUAUUGUUGGUUACGUUUAAGAGGUUAAGAUUGGUAUUAAGGUCGUGUUUAAUGAGACAGAAACAAGCAGAGGUGGACCCUCGAAUACUCUGCCUUCACUCUCUUGGCCUGAAAGAUUACUUAUUGCACAAGGAACAGCUCGUGGCUUGAUGUAUAUACAUGAGUACAGCCCAAGAAAGUACGUUCAUGGCAACCUGAAAUCAACCAAAAUCCUGCUUGAUGAUGAAUUACUGCCUCGCAUCUCAGGCUUCGGUCUUACACGUUUGGUAUCAGGUUACUCCAAACUCAUCGGUUCGCUAUCCGCCACAAGGCAAAGCUUAGACCAAACCUACUUAACCUCUGCUACAACGGUGACAAGAAUCACAGCUCCCACUGUUGCUUACCUUGCACCUGAGGCUCGGGCUUCUUCUGGUUGCAAAUUAUCUCAGAAGUGCGAUGUCUAUUCGUUUGGGGUUGUCCUAAUGGAGUUGUUGACUGGCCGUUUGCCCAAUGCUUCCUCUAAAAACAAUGGCGAAGAACUCGUGCGUGUUGUGAGGAACUGGGUCAAGGAAGAGAAGCCGUUGAGUGAGAUUUUAGACCCGGAGAUUCUGAACAAAGGUCACGCAGAUAAGCAAGUUAUUGCAGCCAUUCAUGUCGCCUUGAACUGCACGGAAAUGGAUCCAGAGGUUCGUCCGAGGAUGAGAUCAGUGUCUGAGAGUCUCGGCCGGAUCAAAUCGGACUGAGCACGUUCGAGGGAACUCAGAAAGUAAGUUAGAAAUGUUGCAAUUCCGUUGAGUGUAAAAUUCAUGCACCAUCAUGUUUUGCUUCUCAAUGAGUAGUAUAUUUUUGGCAUGUUGUAGGGUUUAGGGAUCAUGAUCAUCAUGUAGCCACUCUCCUUUGUUAUACAUUUGUAACGGAUGAAGGAAAGUACUUGAUUGUUUCUUGGGUUUAACAUAUAAGCCUUGACCCUCUUUCUAGAAUAUCAAAUCAAGUCGCUUUAAC